CUCGGGAAUUUUCCCCGCUUAGAGAGAUUCAUCUCAUCUCGCCCACAGCACAGCAUCAGCACCAGCGGAGGAUGCGCGUCGCUGAAUAAUCAUUAAACAUUACCGAUUAUACUGAGCUGUUUAUUUAGGUUUUGUCAUCGGACAGAGAUUGCAGUCGCAGGUUCACUUCUCUGUGGGACGGGGGAAUGUUAAACCCCGGAUCCCCUGACCGUUGUGCUGUUCGUAAGGAUGCGAUCACUGAGCCGACCGUGGGCCUUGAUAGUCGCCGAGAUUUUCUUCAUGACAACAGUUGCUGUUAGCGCUACAAUGGCAGUUGUAGGACAUUGUCCCCGGAGUCUAGACUGUGCCCGGGAGCGACGGCACUUCUGCCAGCCCGGCUCCUCACACUGCGGCCCGUGCCUUGACCCAUUUGUGGAAAACAAACGAGGGAAAUGUGUGGUCAGGAGACGAAAUCACCCUGCCAAGGUCAACAAAGUCCCAGAGCUGGAUGAGGAGAUAGACAUUCUCUCAUCAAUCAUCACCAAACACAGAGAAUCGGAGAUGAAGCACUCAGCACCCUCUUCGGUUGCCCCUGUAAAAGUCACUGAGGAUCAUUCAUGGGCAAACAGUUUACACAAAGCAGAACCUUCUGUUACCUCUGUUACACCAGAUAAGCCUCAGACCAGCGAUCUGACCACCUCCUCAUCUACCACCAGCCCAACCUCACACGCUUACAUCAUCUCUGCUGUACACAGCGCCCCCUUUAUAGUCCCAUACCCGUCUGAAGACCACUCCUUUAUUGUAUUUUUGGGUGUGUUUCUCAUGGUGGGCUCAGUGGCCAUGGUCUUGACCGGUGUAUGUUGGGUCAGAUUCCAGAGAGGAAAUCGUCUGGCCCAGAAGGCUGAUUAUUCUGCUUUUGGGUUGAUGGGUUCCCGUUCUAAUGACGGUGCCAUGCCUGGAGAUAAGACACUUGCUCAGAGUGCCCAGAUGUACCACUUUCAUCUUCAGAAACAACAGAUGAUAUCACUCAAACAGAGGAACCAGAUUCCAGAGUCAGGAGCCACUACGGAUGAGGAAACUGAGGAUGGAGACUUUACUGUGUAUGAGUGCCCUGGACUUGCCCCAACUGGCGAGAUGGAAGUGAAGAAUCCACUGUUUGAUGACUCCACCUUUCAUCUCAACCUGCAGAGAAGUUACAACUAAACAAAAGGACUGAGAGAACGCAUGACCCCAGAUGACUUCAUAUACAAUCACGUACCAACACACGCACAUCCAUGAGAUUUUCAAAGAUGCACUUAAUGUAUUGGAUUCAUUCAGGCAUUGGUAGCCAUGCAGUGGUAAAGACCCUUUACCCAUUGAA